GCCACACCUCUAGCCCAGCCCGGCCCCGCCCCCCACUUCGGCAGUCGUCUGGCAGCGCCCGUGUCUUGCUGUGAACUUUAAUGUUGUUUGCUAUUCUAGCUGGUGGUUUCUCCAUUAACCGCAGCUCCUCCUCUCCGUCUCUCCAUCAGCGGGAGCGCUCGCCGACUGGUUUAAAUGUUUUUUCUGGAGGAGGGUGUUACUCUGUGGAGUGAGUUUUCAGGCUGGAGGCCGCUGCUGCUCGUCAUGUUGCUGGUAGUCGGGGCCUUCAUCGUGGCCUUCGUUCUGCUCCUGUACAUGGUGUCCCCACUCAUCAGCCCCAAGCCCCUCAAGCUCAACGGAUCGCACGUUGUGGUGACAGGGGGAUCAAGUGGUAUUGGGAAAUGUAUUGCUAUUGAGUGCUUCAAGCGUGGUGCUUUUAUAACUCUGGUGGCUCGAGAUGAGGGCAAACUUCUGCGGGCGAAGAAGGAAAUUGAGAAGCAUUCAAUUAAUGAUAAACAGGUAGUAUUGUGUAUAUCUGUUGAUGUUUCGAAAGACUAUGGACAAGUGCAAAGUGUAAUUAAACAAGCACAGGAGAAGCUGGGUCCAGUUGACAUGCUUGUAAACUGUGCUGGCAUAUCUGUUGCGGCAAAGUUUGAAGAUAUUGACAUUGGCUUCUUUGGUAGGUUAAUGGAAAUCAAUUAUCUGGGUAGUGUUUAUCCUACUCGAGCAGUCAUUCAUACAAUGAAGGAAAGGAGAAUGGGGAGGAUCGUGUUUGUGUCAUCCCAGGCUGGUCAACUGGGCUUAUUCGGUUAUACAGCUUAUUCUCCAUCCAAAUUUGCUUUGCGUGGAUUAGCUGAAUCUUUACAAAUGGAGGUGAAGCCAUACAAUAUAUACAUUACAGUUGCUUAUCCUCCUGAUACAGACACACCUGGUUUUCAGGAAGAGAAUAAAGUCAAGCCUUUGGAGACCAAGUUGAUUUCUGAAACAUCAGGUCUAUGUCAGCCAGACCAAGUGGCCAAAAUCAUUGUGAAGGAUGCUGUGCAAGGAAACUUUAACAGCUCAGUUGGUUCUGAUGGGUAUAUGCUAUCAUCACUUACCUGUGGUAUGUCUCCUGUGACCACUAUUACAGAGGGUCUUCAGCAGAUUGUUACCAUGGGCCUUUUCCGCACAAUUGCUCUGUUUUACUUGGGAAGCUUUGACAGCAUUGUGCGUCGUUGUAUGAUACAGCAAGAAAAGUGUAUAGGCUUGGAAAAGAAGGAUUAAUCUUGCCUUGAAUUUGGAAGUUAAGGAUCGGACUUUGAAAGAUAAAUAUUGAAGGAGAUGUUUCAGUGAACAGUUAAUUAUUUCUUGCCCCUCCACCCCUUAUCUCUGUGGCAUCAGGUCUUUUGGGUUGGAGUGGGGUCUGUGUGGUACAAGUGGUAUGUUAGCAGUAUGGCUCUGAUGCCUUGAAUGGAGAUUGCAAUAUAAUUUAUAACCAGCAUUGAUUAGGAGAAGUGCACAUGAAACGCUAUAAAUCAUAGAAGCAUUUUUUAAUGUAUUGUGCUGGCACUAUUUUUGUAAUUGUUCAAUUUAUUCCUCUUCUCUCCCCACCCCAUCCAAAUUAAAUGAGAGAAUUAGGCCUCAUUUAGCCUAUGUCCUCUUGUUUAUUUUUAGUGUUUCAUUCAAAUUGGCAGAGGAAAUUUGUUUUUUUUUUGCCCUUAACUUGUUUCUCCAGCACUGGUGGUGGCACCAUUUGAAAUUGAAUCCUUUGGUAUGUUUAAAGAUCUAAUGGGUACAGUAUGUGUAACAGAGGUUGACCAAAUGUUCCAUAGGAUAGUUGCUAAGCACUUAAAUGUGACCCUCAAUAUUGUUUUUGAAUGUCUUCAUUUAAAACUGUUAAAGCCUUCACUAAGUUAAUAAUCUUUUGACACUAACUGGACAAAGUUUCCAUUUCAAUUUGUUAGCGUUUGCAAAGAGUUGGAUGAGCAAUUUUUAAUUGUGGUAUAUAAUCUAUUAAAUAAAAUGCUUUGCACUCUUUCUGUGAAAUAGUCAAACUGUAUUAUAAUGUAGCAUGGCAUUUCCGAAUAAGUAAUAUGUUCCUUUUUAAAAUUGCUUACAUUUUGUGUUGACCACUGAUUCUGUAGUCUCAGUAUUUAAUAGUCCCACAGUUGUUGUUUUCUGUAUGUAUCUCUAGUGUGUUUCCAUAACAUCUUGUUAAUCCACCAAAAAACUGAUUGUAAAAUGGAUAAUACCAUAAUUUACACAAUGAAGUACUUGCAUUUGCAUUCACAACCUCUGAACAUUUCAAAGUUCUUUACUGCAAGUUAAAUACUUUUGAUGCAUUGUUACAUUUGCAAUGUAGGGAAAUACUACAGACCGUUUGUGAACAUGCACAUUUAAUGAGAAAUAACCAGACAACUGGUUAAUGAUGCAUUAUGUCUUUGGGGUGGGCAUUUGUUAGGGUAUGGGCAAUUUGCUGUAAUUUGUUUCAUGCAACUAUGUACUUGAAUUAAGUUAAUUGCACAACUUAAAGGGAAAAUGGGGGAAACAAACAAUGGCUAAGGUACUAGAAAGUGUUACCCUGUAUAAAUGCUGCUAUUAGACCUUUGCAUUCCCUGGACAGUGUUCAUGGAGCCUUAGCCUAACAUUUCCUUUGAAAGAUGACAUCUCCAGCAGUAUGGUAAAACUGCACUUGUGUCUAUCUAGGCUUUAUAUUGCAAGUCUUUGCAGUUGAAACUUGCAAGCUUUUGACCUGGUGAGAUGAGUAUAAUCACUGAACUAAAGCUGAUAUCCUGUUGAAUCUUAAAGUUAAUUCAGGUGAUUAUUGAAAAGAAAAUUAUAUCUUGAUUUUUUUUUGAAAGUGUUUUAAAAGAGCUACAAGACAUGGUCUUAUUUAUUUGAAAUUUAGUCAUACAGCAUGGACAUAGAAAAACUAGUCUAUGUGGACUGUUCCCAAACUAAUCUAGUCCCACUUUCCUGUGUUUGGCUCAUAUCCCUUGUUGUAACUGGAUCUGCAUCCACCACUUCCUCUGGCAGUUCAUUCCACAUACUUUGUUUAAAAAAAACAGUGCCCCUCAUGCCCUUAAACUUUCUCCUCUCUCCUUUAAAAGUAUGCCCCCUAGCUCUGAACUCGCCCAACUAGGGAAAAGACCCUUCCUGCCCACCUUAUCUAUGCCCCUCAUAACUUUAUGAAGCUCUAUAAAGUCACCUCAACCCCCUACUCUCCAGUGAAAGAAGACCCAGCCUAUUAUUAAAAUGCAAACCCGCUAUUCAUGGCAACAUUCUGGUAAAUCUUGUUUGAGCCCUCUCCAAUUUAAUAAUAUCCUUCCUAUGGUAGGUUGACCAGAACUGCGCACAGUACUCCAGAAGAGGCCUCUUCAAUAUGCUGGAACAUGAUGUCCUAACUUGUGUUUUCAAAGAUCUGAGCAAUGAAGGCAGGUGUGCUAAACCUGUCCUCCUGUGAUGCAAAUUUCAAAGAACUCUUGUACCUGAACCCCAAGGUGUUUGUUUAUUACAGCACUACCCAGGGCCCUGCUGUUAAUUGUAUAUGUCCUGCGCUUUUUGGUUUUACCAAAAUAUGCAAUAUCUCACAUUUAUGCAAAUUGAGCUCCAACUGUCACUCCUCAGCCCAUCGAUUCAAUUGAUCAAGAUCUCUUUGUAAUCUUGGAUAACCUCCCUUGACUGGCCUUUAUACCACCCAUUUUUGUCAUCUGCAAACUUACUAACCAUGCUUCUUCUUAUCCAAAUUGUUUAUAUAAAUGAUACAACAAAAGUGUACCCGUGGAACACCACUGGUCACAGGCCUCUAGACCAGAAAACAACCCGCUGCCACCACUGUCCAACUCCUACUGUCAAACAAUGUCUAACGCUCUGCCCUCCUCUAUCUUUUUGGUUACUUUCUCAAAAAAACUCAAUCAAGUUUGUGAGACACGAUUUCCCUUGCACAAAGCCAUUCUGGUUACCCCUAAUCAGUCUUUGUCUCUCCAAAUGCGUGUAAAUCCUAUCCCUCAGUCACCUCCGACAACUUGCCCAACACCGCUGGUGUCAGGCUCUCAAAACUAUAGUUCCCAGCCUUCUCCUUUCAGCCUUUGUUAAGUAAAGACACCAACGUUAGCCACUGUCUAGUCCCCCAGCAGCUCACCUCACCUGUGGUUAUAGAUGAUACAAAUAUUCCUACUAGGGCCCACAAUUUCUUUAACUUCCCAUAUCAUCCUGGGAUACACUUGAACAGAUUCUAGAGAUUUAGUCACCUUUAUGUCUUCAAAGACCUGCAGCACUUCCUCUUACGUGAACUGUUUUUCAAACAUCAAGAUUUAUUUUCUCAAGUCCUUUUAUCCUCCAUUUCUUUCCCCACAGUAAUAUUCAUUCAGGAUCUCUCCACUCUCCUGAGGUUUAACACUCCUGAGCCAACCUCUAUCUUUAAGGGGCUGUCUUCUUUCUUGUUUAGACAGACCAAUUCAUUUGAUCUGCGCCAUUUAAUAAAUAUUUUCCCAGUCUAGACAUAGCAUCAACUUGAAAUAACUUUGAGACCUUUUUCACGACCUGCAUAUAGUUUUCAGACCUAAGUUUGUGAUUUCAACACUGUCCCUGGUGUGAUUUAAGUUCUUUAGUUUCUGUGUUGUUUGACAGUGAUCUGUUACUUGCAUUGUAAUGAUUUCUUAAAGAUUCUGUACAGUUUUUCUUUUGAUCACAUUAGGACCGAGGGUUCCAAGGAGUGCGACUAUUUAUAGAGGUUUCACGUGUUUCAAUGUCACUAUUCUAGACAACAACUCUGAUUUCUGAUGUAGAACUGUUUGGCUUUGGCAGUCCAGCAGUGAAUGAUAUGCUUUUUUUAACGUGAUUAGAGACUCGUUGGAACUCGCUCAGCUGGACCAUGAUGGUCAGUAUUAGUAGACUUUACCUUGUACUAAAUCAACUUCUUGUUAAAAUGUUGGCGUAAUAACUUGAUUGCACCAAAAUUUGCAAAUUUUGGUGCAAUGUUAGCUGGAAUGUUUAUUUUACCACCCCACCAUGAGUUAGCUCUAGGAUUGCAGGUGCAUGUGGGGAAAUAAAUAAAACAAAAUAUACAGGCUUGCUAGUCUUGCAGGUGACCUAGUUGUAAUUUGAAUGCUAUAUUUUUAUUUGAGAUGUCAACCCAAAAGAGAAACUAUUUUUAUGGUGGGGGAAGCACGGUGGCUCAAUGGUUAGCACUGCAGCUUCACAGUGCCAGGGACCCGGGUUCGAUUCCAGGCUUGGGCGACUGUCUGUGUGGAGUUUGCACAUUCUCCCUGUAUCUGCAUGGGUUUCCUCUGGGUACUCCAGUUUCUUCCUACAGUCCAAAGAUGUGCAGGCUAGGUGUAUUGGCUGUGCAAAAAAUUGCCCGUAGUGUUCAGGGAUGUGUGGGUUAUAGGGGGGGAUGGGUCUGGAUGGGCCGCUUCGAGGGGCGGUGUGGACUUGUUGGGUCGAAGGGCCUGUUUCCACACUGUAGGUAAUCUAAUCUAAUAUUCCCAAAGUUUUUAAAUACACAGCUGUCAUGACUCCUACCUGACUUUUUUUCAGAAAAUGGAAGUGCCCAUUUCAAAUUCGUCCUGCUUGAAUUGUAUAUUUGCAUCUGGAAUUGGAUUCACUAUAAAUAAUGCAUUAUUGUCUAAUAAUGUUUAGAAUCCAAUGCUAAACCCAUUGAAUGAAUGAUAAUUCAUUUGUGAAAAUGGUAGUGUUAAAUGGGAUGUGGAUCCAUUAGAAAGACCUGAGAAAAUAUUCAUUAUUAAAAAUAAAUCUAUUAUCUCAAUUUGCCUGUAACGUUUUGACUGAUAUUCAGUAAAUAUUAUUCCCUCUGCUGUUUAUUUUCUGGAUAGUGAGAGUAGUUUGUUGGAUGGACCUUACAACUUUGUCUUCCAUGUUUUAUUAUGGCAUAGAAACAGACCCCUUGGCCCAUGCCACCCAGAUGUCCUAAAUUAAUCUAGUCCCAUUUACCAGCAUUUGGCCCAUAUCCCUCUAAACCCUUCCUAUUUGUGUACCCAUCCAGAUGCCUUUUAAAUGCUGUAUUUGUACCAGUCUCUACCACUUCCUUUGGCAGCUAAUUCUGUACUUGCACCAUCCUCUGCAUGAAAAGAUUGCUCUUUAGGUCCCUGUUUAUUAUUUUCCCCUCUCACUUUAACCUAUGACCUCUAGUUUUUGACUCCCCUACCUUGGGGGGGAAAAAGACCUCAGCUAAUCACCCUUCCAAUGUCCUAAUGAUUUUAUAAACCUCAAUAAGGUUACCCCUCAACCUCCACUCCUGGGAAAAUAGCCCCAGCUAAUUCAGCCUGUCCCUGAAGCUCAAAUCUUCCAACCCUGGCAUCAUCGUUGUAAAUCUUUUCUUUGCCCUAUCAGGUUUAACAACAUCUUUCUAUAUCAGGGAGACCAGUAUUGAACACAUCAUUCCAAAAAUGGCCUAACCAAUGUCCUGUACAGUCACAACAUGACAUCCCAAAUUCUAUACUCAAUACACAGACCAAUAAAGGCAAGUACCAGCUUGUCCCCGCCUGCCUAACCUGUUCUUCCUCUCACCUAUCUGCACCUCCCAGCUCAAGCCGCACUUCCACUUCCUACCUACUAACCUCAUCCCGCCCCCUUGACUUGUCCAUCCUCCCCGGACUGACCUAUCCCCUCCCUACCUCCCCACCCAUACUCUCCUCUGCACCUAUCUUCUCCUCUAUCUAUCUUCAGUCUGCCCCCCCCCCUCCCUAUUUAUUUCAGAAUCCUCUCCCCAUCCCCCUUUACUGAUGAAGGGUCUAGGCCUGAAACGUCAACUUUCGUGCUCCUAAAAUGCGGCUUGGCCUGCUCUGUUUCUCCAGCCCCCACACUUUGUUAUAGAACAUAGAAAAGUACAGCACAGUACAGGCCUUUCGGCCCACAAUGUUGUGCCAUGGAAUAUUCCUAAUCCAAAAAUAAAAGUCUGAGCUCAGUCAACCUCACCAGGGUUUUGUAGAGCUGCAGCAUAACCUCGCAGCUCUUAAACUCGAUCCCCCUGUUAAUGAAAGCCAAAACACCAUAUGCUUUCUUAACAACCAUAUCCACCUGGGUGGCAACUUUGAGGGAGCUAUGCACUUGUACACCAAGAUCCCGCUGUUCCUCCAUACUGCCGAGAAUCCUGCCUUUAAUCCUAUAUUCAGCAUUUAAGUUUGACCUUCCAAAAUGCAUCGCUUCGCAUUUAUCCAGGUUAAACUCCAUCUGCCAUUUCUCAGCCCAGUUCUGCGUUCUGUCAAUGUCUCGCUGAAGCCUGCAAUAGCCCUUGAUACUAUCAAUGGCACUCCAACCUUUGUGUCAUCAGCAAACAUGUAAACCCACCCCUCAACCUCCUCAUCCAAGUCAUUUAUAAAAACUACAAACAGCAGAGGCCUAAGAACAGAGCCCUGCGGGACACCACUCAGCACUGAACUCCAGGCAGAAUGCUUAUCAUCUACAAUCACUCUCUGCCUCCUGUCAACCAACCAAUUCUGAAUCCAGACAGCCAAAUCACUCUGUAUCCCAUUACCUCCUGAUUUUAUGAAUGAGCCUGCCGUGGGGAACCUUAUCAAAUGCCUUGCUGAAGUCCAUGUACACCACAUCCACUGCUCAACGCUUGUCAACCUGUCUCGUGACUUCCUCAAAGAACUCAGUAAGAUUUGUAAGGCAUGACCUGCCCCUCUCAAAGCCAUGCUGAUUCCCUUUAAUCACGCUAUGCUUUUCCAAAUAGUCAUAAAUCCUAUCCCUCAGAAUUCUUUCCAAAACCUUGCUGACCACAGACGUAAGACUGACUGAUCUGUAAUUUCCAGGGAUUUCCCUAUUCCCUUGAAAAGAGGAACAACAUUUGCCUCCCUCCAGUCUUCCGGUACAACUCCCGUGGAGAGUGAGGAAGCAUCUGUAGCUCUCGCUAUUUCUGAUACCAAAAUUUGCCUUUGCCACCCUGUCCACCUGUGCCUCCAUCUCACAGGACUAUGAACCUGCACGAGGGGAGGCGAUGGCUUAGGGGUAAUAUCGCUGGACUGUUAAUCCAGAGACCCAGAUAGUGUUCUGGGGACCUGGGUUUGAAUCCCGCUGCAGCAGAUGAUGGAAUUUGAAUUCAAUAAAUAUCUGGAAUUAACAAUCUAAUGAUAACCGUGAAUCCAUUGUCGAUUGUCAGAAAAACCCAUCAGUUGACUAAAGCCUUCUAAGGAAGGAGACUGCCACCGUUGACUGGUCUGGCCUACAUGUGACUCCAGACCCACAGCAAUGUGGGUGACUCUUAAUUGCCCUCUGGGCAAUUGAGAAUGGGCAAUAAAUGUGGCCUAGCCAGUGACAUCCUCGUCCCGUGAAUAAAUAUAAAAAAAAACCCAAGGUUGUGCAUAGGUUAUAGUCUGGUUUAGUUGCAUGUUGGGCUAGACAAUUGUUUUCACAGAUUCCAAUAGUUUACCUGAGCUGAGAUUUCAUUUGCAGUCUCUGAAACGUUUUAAUGAUCAAGAUAAUGAUAAAAAGUUCCUCUUUGGUGCAAUGAGUUUUAAUACCUUGCCUUAGAAAUGAGUUCACAUCAUUUAGCACUUAACUGAAGAUUACCUAGCUAUUUGAUCUUGUUGUGCCACAAGUAGUGUUUUUUUUGGUGUCUAGCAAUCCUCUUAUUGAGAGCUGUGAGAUAUUUUCAAGUCAGACUAUUUGUCUAGAAAAUAAGUUGGUUAAGCAAGAAUGUGAGAAUAUCAUCGGUUUACCAGCUGCAUGAUGCUUGAUAUACAAUGGAUGAUGGUUUGAAAGCUCUUGGUGAUUCUGGAUGAAUACUUGUAUCCUUUCCAAACAAAGUGAUAACUUCAUAGAAUUUUACAGCACAAAGAAUUAUUUCACCUAUUAGGUUUUGCCUAUGUUUUUCUCCGCAUGAACUGCGUAAUCUACUUAUACUGCUUCCAGUACCUCUAUUUAAUAAACUGCCUUUAUCAAACAAAUAAUUAAUGAGUAAAGAAAUCUACGAACUUUGAUUCAACAAAUGUUGCAGCUGCAAAUUCCACAUUCUAAUGGCCCAUUUUUGAUUCUCAUUAUGUACCUUUUUGGUUUUCCAGACAUUAGCUUUCCAACCUUCUUAUCUUCCUUGAUCUUAAAAUGGCUAUCGGAUUGCCUCUUAAAUUUUUCUCAGCUUUAAUUGACAACAUGGGAAUGCAACUUCUGAAAUCUCUUACUCCAGUUCCUAACUAUUUAUGAUAAGAUGAUGUACUAGCAUAUAGUUAUUACUUCUAUCUGCUUCCCAUUAUCUGGUUUCUUAAAUUUUACAUAAUAGAAAUUAUAGAUAUGAUUUUGGCCAAGAUGGUGAGUAGAAGUAAAGGUAAGGCUAACAGCAUUCACUGUUCUUGAAGUGUAAAUUGGGCAGCAACUUCCAAUGAUCAUCUGUGCCAUAUUGAGUUUGCUGAACACCACAGCAUAAAGUGUGUGGAAUGAAAUUGCUAUUCUUUACUGAAGUUUGAUUAACUGUACCAGAACAAUCAGUGCUUAUCCCUUCCAAUACGAGUACAUUUUUACCAAUGUGAUGAGGCUCAAUUAUUGCCAAGCAAGGUCUUUUAAAUUUUACAGUCUGCCUGAUCUCUGGUCAUAACAGGAAUUUUAACACUUAGAUCUAAUUUUAAUUCCUCUUAACUCAUUAAGUAUGUCAUUUUUUUUAAAAAAUUAACUGCAUUAGUUGUAUGUUAACUAAAUUAAUUGUUCCUUGUCCAUUGCAUGGUUGACUGAACAUUUCAACGUUUCUGUUUCUGGUAAUUGUGGUAUAGAUAUUGAAAAAGCAUUCCCAUAAAAAUGCCAGUACGAAUGGUAGGGCAGUGUUUGGUGAUUCUUCUUUCUCUGCAACUAUUCCCAAAUCACACCUGAAAUGAAGGUGCCUAAGAUUGUUGAGCAAAUUACUGAUAACUAAAAUAAGGUUCUCUCCAUCUUGUAUUGUGGCUGUGAUGGAUGUUACCAACCCUAAUAGAAUUUGGAACCAUUUGUUUUCUGGUUAUCGUCUUAUUCUAGGAAUUUGAAUAUUGUGCAACAAACAAUAUCCUUGAAUCCCAGUUGAACGAUGCAUUUUGAAAUUAUUUAUUUGUCAUUUUCUGUAUACUUUGUUUUCCUUUUUCUCCAUUUUUUAAUAAUAAACAUUUUGAGAAGGAUGCAGAAUUUAACAUUGCUCUGUGGUUUUUGUUUUAACACUAGCUCUGGAGAAUAAAUAUGCAUCAAAUCAUGCACCUGAAAUUAUAUUAAAACACAUAUUGUGGUUUGCCUGCACAGAUCUUUUUGGUCUUCUUGUUUGAAAAGUAAAACCACUUUUAUUCAAAAACUAUCCUAAUUUAUAGUCUAACCCACUAGCAGUUAUAUUGUUUUGGUUUGUAUGUUUUGAAGUAAUUUUGCACCUACCUGUAAAAUACAUUUGAGUUUACUUGCAUACAUGUUCAUUUUCUUGGAGUUGUGUGGAAGAAGGGGUGAAGAAUAUAAACCCUGCGUGUUUUGCAGGCUAAAGCAAAAUGUUGCAGAAGGAAGGUUUUUUCAUGGAAAAAUAUAGCCCUUUUUGUCACCAUCUAAUAGUGUAGAAUUCACAUUGGUUUUGCACAGAUUAUAAAGCUAGGAACUCAAUUUUUCAUCUCGACCUUGCAUUCUGAUUCUUUAUUUUACUGGCAUAGGUGAUUUGUUUCAGAGGCUUCCUUUUAUGUUGCUCACGAGGCUGUCUAGGUACCAAAUGUGAUAGGGAGACAAUCAUUUUGGUACUCUGUGAUAGUCUGGUGUUGAAUCUCCAAAGAUGAUGUGCCCGUCAUUUUGAACCACAUUGAAAUAUGAAUGAAGAAGGAGGGCUUGUUUUAAUUGCUUUGCUCGGCUACAACACCUGGUUAAAUCUAAUGUAGCUUUCCACUUACUUAUUAAUUUGGUGCACUAUUUCAAUAUAAAGCAAGUCACAUUUGGUUACUAUUGCUAUUUUAAGAAAAAGCUUUCAGCAAUUUGUAGCAUCUUUCAAUCUUGGUAGUAACUGCCCUACCCAAACUAUUUUCAUAUUUAAGAGACUGAGUUGUUGCUCUUAUAUCUGUUUCAAAUAUUUACUACUUGUAUGGUUUGUUUUGAUGAGAAAGUAAAUCAUACCUUGACUGUUCACUGUACAGUAGUAUAUGCAAUUUCAACUCCUUUUUUAAACUCAUGCUGUUUGGAUAAUGCAGGAGUUUAUUUCCAAAAUUAAUUUUUCUACCAUCCAUGAAUAAUACUGGAAGCAAUUGAGUCUUCAAGACAUACCAGCAAUUUUAUGGUAUUUGCUGUCAAUAAAUCCUAGAUAAGUUCUUGACUAAGACGUUUAACAAAUGGAUUAGCACUACAAUAUAGGUUAAUUAGGAAAUAUUAAUAGACAUCCUAUGGUCGGAUUUGUUUAUCUCUCUUGAACCCACUAUCUCACAUCAUUUGCAGAAUGUGUACAGGGUAUUGUUAUUUGUGUUUAACUUUCAUUUGCCUGUUCGUUGUUCAAUAAAUCUAUCUUAUUCUUAA